AUGACACUCUUAGCCAAUGGAUACCGUGCCGAGCGUAUGGCGCUGUCCACCCGUCAACCAGAUCGAAUCCCUCGGUGUGAAGCACUAAAAGCCCCUUCAGCUCUGCCAAUGUUCCAGUUAGUGCCUCGGUACUACGACAAUGCACGGUUAGCUCGAGAGAGUGAUAUCUUGAUAUUUUGCAUGCCACCGUCUCAGUUGAAGAGCGUAACUAUUCAAAUUCGACACUCACUGGCUGCAAACGCAAGAGCCCCGCCACUUGUGAUUAGUGCGCUGUGUGGUGUCACUGAUCAUACUUUGAGCAAGGCCUGUGGAUCCCAAGCAGUCGUUCGAGUGCAGCCUGAAGUCACGAAAAUUGCGAGUUUAUGGCAUGAGCAACACGAGGAACAUGCUGAUGAAGAGCAACCUGUCGAUACUCGACUAGCGAGUUUAUCGAUGAACUUGCCGGAUUAUCAAAAAGGUAUGGCUGGUCGAGAUCAGCAGCUUCUACCACUUCGUCUAGCAGCAGAAGCAAUCGCACCCCAAAGGGAAGACGUACGCAACUUAAUGCAAGCGUUUUACUUGCUUUGCCGUCGCGCUUGGAGCCAAGCUAUGAGCACAGAGGGCAUAGGGAAAGUGCUAUUUGGCGACAAGAAUGAAGUGGUAAUGGAAUCCCUUGGCCAGGUGCUAUCCGACUCCAAUGGAGAACAGCAGCGACAGAACGAGGACAGCAACAACCCGUUUGUGAGUUCGAAUUGGCCAUUGGAAUGGGAGCAGGAUUUGGUCGAUUUACAGGCACAACUAGCAUUGCAUGCUCUACAGCACUCAACGUAA